AUGAGUGUCAACCAGUUCCAGGGGAGACACCAUGUAGAUAGCCUGGUGCGACUCACUGUCAAGCAAGUAUGCUUGACCACUGGUAUCAUAGCAAAGGCCACUGGGUUUCCCAGUGGCUGCUGUAGGGAACUGCAUGGGUAUACCCCCGGGUGUGCACAGUCAGACCCAUACCCAUACCCGAAGAUAUACCCAUACCCGCAGUGGUUUCCUUCUGGGUAUCAACAACCCUGUGAGGGUAAACCUGUGGGUCAGCCGCCAGUGCUUAGCAAAUAUGUCCAGCACACGUGUCAAGAAGGAAGGGACAAGAGCCGAGGGAGAGACACAGCAACCAGCCAAAGGAUAGAACCGGAGGAGAGGACAUCGAGUUUUAUCUUACCGUAUAUGACUGUACCUGUCAACACACAAAAACCUGGCACAUGGGUAUGGGUAGGGUACGGGUAUCAUAAUAUCCGACCCGUACCUGUACCCCACACGUACCCAUACCCCGCACCCGCAUGGGUAUACCCGUACCUGUGCAGUUCCCUAGCUGCAGGCUUAGGCGCGGUGGUUGUCUUAUUACCUGCUGAUGACCCCCUAGCCUCUCAUGUGGCACGUUUCUCCUCCUUUGGUGAAGCAAUCCUUGGUGGGGUGGCUUGA